GAAGCGGUGGCGAUGAGUUCUGACCGUGCAGGACAACAGGCAGCCGGAUGCCAACGGAGGGCAGGGGACCCAUUGAGCCCCUCUACCGGUCUCAGCCCCAUGCAAGAUCAGGUCUUGCAGCUGAUAAAGAGCUGUGCGGACCAUCAAGGACUCGGGUUGGCUGCUCUACGAUGUCGCUUCCCUCCUCAGAAUGCUGCCAGUCUUUGGGAAUGUCUGCAGUUCCUGAUCAGUGAGGGCCACAUAUACACCACCACGGACGACAACCACUUCAAAGCCACGUAUGGCUAAUGUGUGCUGUCAUACGCCACAGAAGACACAGCUGAGGUUGUCAUAUGCCAUAGGGCAGCGGUUCCCAAACUGGGGUCCGGGACCCUGGUGGGGUUGCGGACUAAAGGGACAUUGCAUAAAAAAGGGAAUCCCGCAUGUUAACAGCUAUGUAGGCUAUUAGCUGUCCUGUGGACUUCUAGCAAUAUCGACAAAAUAGCGACAAUCUGUUAAUGGAAAAUGGAGCAAUAUUAAUGGACCAAAAAUAAUUGCCUCAGCAAGUUUGGGAACCUCUGCCAACGGGCACAGCUGUGGUUGAAGCAUUUAAUAGAAGAUGUCAUGAAAGCCUGUGUUUAUUUCCAUAGUUUAUUUAACCACGACAUCAUGUAACACACUACUACUGUGUAAGAAAGUAGGCUCCUUGUGUUUUCACAAUUCUAGACUAACAAAACUUUGUAAAUUAUUUGUUAAUAGUCUUUUUGUCAUGCUCUUGUAUUCUUGUAUGCGCUUCUAGGUUUUUCAUCUUUAUUAUGACCGUGUGAUGUGCACUAAAAACAACACGAAUAAGAAAGUAAUUAUUGGAUUUUCACAAUUUUAGACCAAGACGUCGGCUACAGAAGCUUGUAGCCUAUAGACCUAUUUUUGCAAGUUCGGAUUGAUCUUUUCAUAUGUUGCUGUAUGUAUGUACAUAGUUUGAGCCUUAAUGUUGUGCAAGUCACACUACAAACUACUUGUAGGCUAUAAAUAUUUAAUUAAACAAUUGUUUUCACAAUUAAGGCCCACCCAACUUUACACAUGGUUUAUUUUGUUAAUCGUCUUGGAUGAUGGAUAUUUGUAGAGAUCUCUAAUGGAAAUUAAAAGAUGUUAU